AUGAUGGACCCAGACCUCAACAAUAAGCUCGAUAGACUACUCACUCUAUUGGAAGCACAGCUAGAGCUUACCAGACAGGGUCAUCGAGAGGAACGAUUACAACGAGCUCAACUGAGCAGGGAGGAGACAAUGGACCUCUCUCACUCAGAAGACCAAGCAGGAGGAGGAGAUGAGUCUAUGAUAGGAGACCCACAUACUCCUACUCCAGCUCCACGACCAAGACGAUCAGUCUCAUUCAACCUGGAUGAGCAGGAGGACAUCAACUAUGAGAAGUAUGCUUCACCUACUGGGCCAAGAUAUGUCAAGACUAAGGUGUAUGAGCAGACUAGGAUGAUCAACCACAUGGGUGCUCAACUGGAAGGGACAGCAAGAGAGUGGUGGACCUCCAAGCUCCAUAUUGAUAGAGCUAGAGAAGGAAGGUUGUUCAAUGAUUGGCACUACUUCACAGAGCGACUGUCAGAGCAGUUCAACCCACGCAAUGCUAGGAUGGAGGCAUACAACAAGCUGUUGGCUCUCAGACUCACAAGUGAUGCUCCUGGUGCCACCACACAUCAUGUAGAGCAGUUCAGAGACUUGGAGGGACAGGUCAACCUAGAUGACAACGAGCUAGUGAUUGAUCUCUUCAGAGGAAGUCUCACUCGCAGCAUACAGGAGAAGUUUGAGAGGAAUCCACCUGGGAAGAGAUGGGAGUGGUACCGAGAGGUUGAGGAGAUCGAUCAACAGAGGAUGUUACUACAGCAGUCCUCGGCUAGACACUCACUUCCAAAUGCCACGUCACCUCCACUAAGAACUGGGUCUCGGCCAAAUCAAAGUUCGAUCCCCAUCCGUCAACCCACUCAACCUUAUCCAGCUCGAUCACCAGCACAAGCAACUACACAAGCAACUAUACAAAACCUAAACCGACCAACUAACCGACCCCUUCCUCAUCAUCCCACCCAACCCUCGAAGCAAGGAAGCCCUGCUCCAUCAGGUAUCAACACCUGUCAUGUAUGCAAGGGUAUUGGCCAUUGGGCCAGAGACUGCCCCAGCAGGAGGGUAGACCCUCUUAGCUCUCGACCCAUGGGACCAAAGGUUAUGGUCACCACAGCAGACCCCUUUGAGGAGGCCACCGACUCAGGAGAUGGCCACACAGGCAGCACUGAGACUGACCCCGAGGCCAUGGACCUCAGCUCAUACCAGCAACCCAUGGACCUCGACCAUGAGGAGGAGGAGCAUGAUGAUGAUGAUGAUGAGGGAAACAUUGUCAAUGGAGGCAAAGCAGUACUGGAGCUCUCUGGAAUGGUUCAAGACCAUCCUGCUCGGAUACUAGCUGAUACUGGUGCUGGUUUGUCCAUAGUCUCAGAUUCUUUCAUUAGUAAGUACCAAAUACCCACAAAACCCAUAAAAACAAGAUCGAUCCAUGGUGUCACCAGGCACCAACUCUCCAUCAAUAGUUCUGCGAGCAUGCAGGUAUCUAUUGGUACACACAAUCUGGGUGUGGUCGAAGCUUCAGUGGCCGACACUGCUGACUAUGACCUCAUCCUGGGGUUCACUGAGCUACGGAGGCUCAAACCCACCAUACAAUGGGAUACGGGCCAGCUGGAGUUCAAGACUCAGGAGCAGGACCAACCCCCAAGGAGACCCCCUGAAGCAGCAAGAGCUGGGGACCUAACCAUGAGGAGACCAACCCUUCAUGGUAACGAGUUUGUCUCAGCAGAACGCAUACUACGAGCAGCUCUAGAAGAUGGACCCAUAGGGCUCAUGCUGUUGGAGGAGCCACCAUCAUCACUCCCGGCCUUUGGUUUCGUACCUACAGGCACAGAUAAAGGAGUCGAGAUGGAGGUGGAGGUAGACAAGGUGGUGACAGCUGCAGACAUACCAAAGCCAUACCAACACCUGCGAGAUGUGUUUGAUGAGGUGGAAGCAGACAAGCUGCCCCAUCAUACCGAGCACGAUCUCCACCUCGAGUUGAUAGAAGGAGGUAAGCCACCUCAAGGGCCCCUAUACCUUAAGGGACCCAAGGAGAUGUCCGAGUUGAGGAGAUACUUGGAUGAGAACCUCGAGAAGGGGUUCAUAAGACCAUCGAAGAGCCCAGCACGAUCACCAGUGCUCUUCGUACCAAAGAAGGAUGGAGGUCUCAGACUCUGUGUGGACUACAGAGGUCUCAACGAGAUCACUGUCAAGAACAGGGCACCAUUGCCCCUCAUCGAGGAGCAGCUGUUCUUACUCAGGAAGGCAAGGAUCUAUACCAAGCUAGACCUUAGAGCAGCAUACAACCUCAUCCGGAUUGCUAAAGGAGAUGAAUGGAAGACAGCUUUUGGCACUCAGUUGGGACUCUAUGAGUACCUAGUGAUGCCCUUUGGCCUAGCCAAUGCUCUGGCUCACUUCCAGUCAUUCAUCAAUGACAUCUUCCAAGACAUCAUUGGGAUAUAUGUGGUAGUAUACCUAGAUGACUUCCUGAUCUUCAGUGACACUGAAGAAGCACAUGUGAAGCAUGUCACCGAGGUCCUCACUCGCUUAAGGAGCAACAGGCUCUUUGCUAAGCUGUCUAAGUGUGAGUUCCACGCCAAGACAGUCGAGUUCCUGGGGUACAUCAUCAAGCCGACAGGCAUAGAGAUGGACCCAGAAAAGGUGCACACUGUCAAGGAGUGGCCAAUGCCAGAGUCAAUCCAUGACAUCCAAAGGUUCCUGGGUUUUGCCAACUUCUAUCGAAGGUUCAUAGCCCACUUUGCUCGCAUAGCCAAGCCCUUGACAUCACUGGUAAAGCCUAUAGAACAGUUCAAGAAGUUCGAGCUACCAGAGGAGGCCCAACAGGCCUUCCACAAGCUCAUCCAGGCAUUCACAUCAGCAGGAGUGCUUCAGCACUUCGACUACCACCUUCCAACAAGGUUGGAAACUGAUGCAAUGGCCUUCUACUCCAGGAAGAUGUCUUCUGCCGAGAAGAACUAUGAGAUCCAUGACAAGGAGCUCCUAGCUGUGGUUGCCUGCCUCACUCAGUGGCGACACAUGCUAGCUGGACUACCAAGCCAACUGGUCAUACUCACCGACCAUGAAGCCCUCAAGUACUUCAAGUCACAGAGACGCAUCACAGGUCGACAGGCUCGAUGGGCAAUACUACUAGCAGACUUCGACUUCAUAUUGCAGUAUCAACCAGGAGACAAAGGUGGUGAACCCAAUGCUCUCACCAGAAGGACUGACAUGCAACCAGCUGGUGAAGAGCAGGAUCACAAUGUGAGGCAACUACUGCCUCCUCGAGUGUUCAGGGAGACAGCAGACCAUGACUCGACCCUAGUGGCCCCUAUGCUCUCGAUGGAGUCCAUAGCAUCAAAAGGUCUCAGAGACCUGGUCAAGAUCUUCCAGCCCUUAGACCAAGAGCUACAGGAGAUACAUAGGAAGAAGCCCUUCGAGGUCAAGGAUGACCUAUGGUACAGUGGAGGAAGGUACAAAGCUCCUCGUCACCGUCCAUAUGGUUUGCUACAGCCACUAGCAACACCAGACAGGCCCUGGGGCUCCAUAUCCCUCGACUUCAUUGAAGGACUACCACCAUUGAAGAAGUAUGACUCCAAGACCUAUGACUCUAUCUUAGUCAUUGUUGACAGGUUAACCAAGUUUGCCAUACUAGCUCCAACCCAUAAGACGGUCAUGGCCAAACAGACUGCAGUGUUGCUAUAUGGACACAUGGUUAGACUCUUUGGAUAUCCAGAUCACAUGGUCUCGGACCGAGGCAGGCAGUUCAUAUCAGGAGCAUGGAAGGCAUUUGCAGAGCAAAUGGGUGUGAAGCACUCACUUAGCAUGGCUUACCAUCCUCAAACUGAUGGUCAGACAGAGAGAGUCAAUCAGGUCAUAGAGCAAUACCUCAGGAUGUACUGCAACUAUGAACAGGAUGACUGGGCCAACCUGCUGGACACUGCAGCCUUUGUAUACAACAACACGGUCCACAACAGCAUUGGUGUCUCACCAUUCUUUGCAUGCUAUGGAUGGAACCCCAAAGCUCAUCCUGACAUCCCUCAACGACUAGGAGUCAAUGACCCAGGUUGCUUCGAGUACCUCAUGGAUGGAAAGGAGCGUUGCAAGUACCUCCAGGAGCAGAUCAGAGAGGCACAACAUAGAUCAGUAGACCAGUAUAACAGGAAGCACAAGGACAUCGAGUUUAAGCUCGGCACGAUCAAUAUCAAUGUUAUGAUGACACCAAGGUCUGGUGUGAGUGUUGAUGAUGAUGAGGUUGAUGGUGUUGGUGAUGAGAUUGGUGAUGUCGAUGAUAAUGAGGUUGAUGGUGUUGGUGAUAAGGUUGGUGGCGUCAACACGAGUGUCCAGUGUGUUGACUUGAUGCUUGAAGUGAUCCCCGGACCGCAGUGGACUACUGCCUUCGGUUCUAUCUAUAUCCGGACCGCUAACCUGCUAUGGGCGCCUUCGGACGUCAGGUAG